AUGAGAUUGCAUUUACAUUCUAACCCGAUCAUCCUGUCAAGACAACGCCUCCACAGACUCUUAACUAGGGAAAAGAAAGCUACCAAGCCACCGACAAACGGCAAGCAACCAGUAGCAUCUGGUCCCUCUGCUUGCUUAAAGCUACCAUGCUAUCUUGCCUUGAUCAACAGUGAGGUCCUCUUUCAUCUAGCAACAACGCACCACCGGUACGAAAACGGAAUGGAAGGCACAAAAUCCCCUCACCCAAUACAUCUUGCUAUUCGCGCAUCUCCCCCUCUACCAUCCACAUCCACAUCCAACCACCCCCCGCAAAUAACCACAACGAACCAAGAUCCCAUUUUUUACUACUCCAAUCCAACAUAUUACUUUGCACUCACACCCUCCUACGACUCAUCCAACCCUGCCUCCAUGCGCCGUACAUCCCUUCUCCCAACGAAUACAAUACCGCAUCCCGAUGAUCAAGGCGUCGUCAUAAGCGGGCUAUCCUGUCGCGAUUCUCUAUCGGCGACGAGCGAAGACCAACAGCGGCCCUCUGAUGUCCUGACAACAUGGAUGUUGGUGAAUGCAGAGGUCUACUUUCAUCAGAAUAUUCGUCUUGCUUCGCAUGCUCAUGUUGGUGUUGCUGGGACUGUCACAGGGAUGAAAGCGCGAGAUGAAAAGGGUGGUAGCAGUGGUGAUGGCUUAUGGGUGGGUACAUGA